AUGGGCUUAUUUUUUUCCAGAAAGAAAGAAAAGAACCCCCACCCUCCGGGCAGCCCAACCACCCAAACCCUAUCCCAUCCCACUCCAUCGUCGCCGCCCCCGGAUGCAAUCUCGCCGCCGCCACGCUCGCGCACGCUCGCCGCCGCCAUCCAUCCAUCCUCUCGAGCUCGCGCACGCUCGCCGCCGCCACGUCCGCCGCUGCAGGCGGCGUACGUGAAGCUCGCGCUGCACGCGCUCAAGCACCCGGCGGCGGCCGUCAACGGGCUCCUCGUCGGCCGCCUGGCGGACCCGGCCGCCUCCCCGGUCGUCGUCUCGGUCGCCGACGCCGUGUCGCUCUCCCACCAGCCGCACCACCUCCCGCUGCUCCCCACGCUCGAGCUCGCGCUCACCCUCGUCGAGGACCACUUCCAGGCGCAGGUCCUCGCCGUCGUCGGAUACUACCACACCAACGCGCGCCGCGACGACGCCGACCUCCCCGCCAUCGCCAAGCGCGUCGGGGACCACAUCUUCCGCUACUUCCCCCGCACCGCCGUGCUGCUGGUCGAUGUUGUGCUUUCCUAUGUUUCCCCUGUCUUGAGCGGUUAUGGGGGUGCGGAGAUCUCGCUUGGGUGCUGAUUGGAGUUCUCCUUUCUGAUUUUGUGUUGAUUCGAUCAACUGGACAACGUGAAGCUCGAGGAGGUGGUGAAGGGGAGCAGCCGCGAUGCAGUUGUUCAGGUACUCGCCCAUGAUCUAUGGAAAUCAGUAUCCCUUCAUUGUUUUCAAAUUGAUAGCGAUUAGUAUGUUUCCUUAGAUACUGUAUCUUCUAUUAAGUUUUUACUGGUAACUACGAAAAUUAGACCAUGUAUUGACUUUCUUCCUAGUGAUGGAAUAGAUCUUGCAGCAAUAUUAUUGACUUGUGAGACUCCCACUAGAUAAUUCACUUCUUGCUAGGCAUAGUAUGCUGUCUUGCAAGUUAAUUGCUUAAUUUGUUCGAAUGCUCAGUUAUUUUUGGUUAAGUUUGAACUAAUUCUUAAGAAAUCCUCUCAUGCACCCCAGCGCUCUAAUCAAUAUGUUCAAAUGAUGAAUGGUCGAACAUGAGCAUUAUUUUCUCUCUCUAGGCCUUUUUUCUGUCAUUUUUCAUGCAUUGAACUAAUUGUGCAGUGGCUUUGGAAAGAGAAGGUUUGCUUUAUAGCUGCUUAAGUGUAUACUUUCUGAAUCAUUGUAGAAUUAUAACUUUCAACUAAUAUGCACUGCCUCCACAUGGCUACCAUGUUUCAUCUCACAAAUCAGUAAGUUACCUAAGAAUUAACUGAACACUAGCAUAUUCGUUGAACUUAGCGUCUUAACCACUAUGAGAAAUGCAUAUAUUUUAAUUUAUCACAACUUAAUUUGAAAAGUUGCUGAACCAACAUGCAGACUAUCAUAUGCCCAUCUAAAUGCCAUGAAAUGCAAGCAGCCAUCUUCUGCAUGAAAUAAUUAUUUAUGCUUGGGUUUAUGAAUCACUGGUGCAAUUUGUUCACCUUAAGUGCAAAAGCAGGAGUAGCAGCAAUAUGUUUGGGCAUAUGUGUUCUAUGCCUACUAACAGAGAUAGCAGUGUUACACUGUUACUUCAUUACCUUAUGACUUAAGAAUUAGUUUUGGAGUUGUCAUAUAAUUUGUUGAGUUGUCAUAUAAACGGUUGUCUCUUUCGAGCGCAAAGACGGGUCUGCGGUGGAUGCUGGGUUGCAGCUCAGGUCGAUGGUGCGGCCAUGGACACAACCUCCUCAACCUCGAUAACCAAUGCAUCGGCAGGGGAGCAACUAAUUCCUGAACCUUUGCUUCUCCUCUUUUAAUUCGAAGUUCUUAGUUUAGUUCCAGAUUUCUAUGCAUGCCACCUUGAUAUGUUUGAUGUUCAUCGAUCGUCCAGAUUUACUAGCACACCAGAUAGAAUUUGGGACUGAUGCCAUUCAAUAGAUUUUCUAGACAUUUUAUUGUGUCUCAUGCUGAAAAAGAAAAUGCACAAUGAGCUUGUUUGACUUCUUUGAUGCUUAGAGUAUACUUGAUCAGGGGGCAGUGUUAUUUCCUGUGAUCUUUCAUGUCAUUUGCUAGUGUGAUGCUUCAAGAUGACAAAUUUAAAAACCUAAACUAUUGUAAAUAAGCGUUCUGCAUCUUGAGCAUUUAAAUGUGAGCACUUAACCAUUGUACAGCUUUUGCAUAUUUUGUUUUGUAUUUAUUUUAUAAACUAGCGGGGUGACCCGCGCAUUUGCGCCGCUAGAUUUUACAAAAGAUGUAUCUGUCCUAAUAUAGAGAUUGUCUUGAAUACUCUACCUGGACCAUUGUUUCUUAUAUGAACAUGUUUUUUUCCUGGAAAACAAUACUUUGAAAACAAACCAUUAAUGGAAUAUUCCUUGAUGUAAUCAAGCUAAAGCUUUAAAAUGUUGAUAGUCAUUCUUAAAAAUGUUUAAGUGUACAAAUUUUCUCUAUAGCUUUUAGGAUUCAUUGUCUAUAGCUAAUUAGAAACCAAAGGAGUAACAUGUUGAGGUUAUGCUUUAAGAAAUCCUUUCACAUAAUUUAAAAGUUCAAAUCUAAACAUUGUUAGAAGCUCUCUUCUACACUGUUCUCAUCAAAGCAUUUCUUUUUAAAUCAUGCAUAUAGUUUUCAUCAAGUAAUUAAGUGAAACUAAUAUGACUUAUCACGUAUUUGAUAUUAUUUCUUACUUUGAAUAUUUACUCCUGUAUGAUCUAACCAUUCCAUGAUGGCUUCAGAUAGUUCUUAACAUGAGAAGGACAUAAAAUUUGAGUUGCCAAAACUCAACUCUCUUCCACAGUCCCAUCCAACUCAAUCUUGUCGAUACAUAUAUUACAUUUUUCUAUGUUUUGUUGACAAAGCAACCAACGUAUCUUGAUACAUCUGCUGCAUGUUACAUUCACAUGGGUUAUCCGUUUUCAUAUUGUGCAUGGUACAGAAAAUAAAUGAAAGUCUAAUUUUAUUUGAAACUGGAUCCGUGUUUCAGCACUGUUUUAGUUCCAAAGUUGCUUAGAUUUGUUUAUGUUCAAAAAGAAUGUACAUUACAUUAUAUUAUGUCUUAAAAAUAAGCAGGGUGUAUCUUUAUUCUGUUAAAAUAGUUUAGUUAGGAUCCUGGACAUGAAAGAUGUACCUCACCUUCCUCCUAGAACUAAUGUAUAUACAUGUGAAAAUAGCUGGGUCUUACAUUGCGCUUCCACCUUUAAUUAUUUCUAUCAAGUUACGUUUACCGCAAAAUUUAGGCCCCAUUUGGAGUUCUAUAAAGUGUGAUAUUCUCGCAAAAUUAAAAAAAAGGAGUAAAGCUUGAUAUUCCUAAAAAAUAUUAUAAUUUAAAUCAAAUGCCCACCGUAAAAAAAUUAAAUCAAAUGCAUUACUUCUUGUUAGGGAUUUCAUAUGCAGAUCGGACUGCUUUCCUCUUUCUUUUCGUACUUUUCUUUAGCUAUGGACAUGGACGUGACAUUGGUUUAGGUGGCAGGUUUGCCUCUGUGUAGCGCUGGCUUUGUUUUUUUUCUCCUAUUAGAAUUCAAAUCAGAAUUGGGCAUGUGUUGUUUUGCGUGCAAGUGUCCUUUUUCAUAUACGUUGACUGUGGUUGCCCUUUUCCAUGCAUAUUUCCGCAUCAUAAUAAUCUUCUUCUUCUAACUUUCUUCUUUCCCAUUUUACAGAUUUGCUUAAGAUCACGGAAGCUUGGGUUGAUGGAGUGCUUGUAUUUAGUUUUUGUUUUUAUCUUGUGAAACUUGCUACCUAUGGAUGAAACUGUGUAAUAU